AUGUCCCGAACAAAAUAUCAUAAACAACACAUGAGGAUUACAAUAUCUGGCGAAAGAAAUACAUCAAAUCUCACAAUUCCACGUUGCAACUCGUGAAAUAUAGGAAAUCACCCUCUAGACUUAAAUUUUUGUAAAUCGAUUUCUCAAAACUCGAUUCUUAAAAUAAAUGAUACUGCUUCUUCACGGAAUUCUGAUGAGCAUGAAUCUCACCAUCACUUUCAAGUUGAUAUACUAUUUUUUAUAACAUCAAAUAGGGAUUUUGCUUAUAUAUUUUAAUUUUCAAAUUAGAUUAAUAUUGAGAUGUCAUUUUAUUUUAGAUUUACUUAAUUUUAGCAUGUUGGAGUAAUUAAUAACUUUUUAAAUGCAUUAUAAAUAAUCCUCCUGCUGAAUUUAUAUAAUAAUUGUAACUAAUAAUAUCAAUUUAUCAAAAAUUGCAUAUGCUUAGUCAACAAAUAGCUCUCCAAGCCAAGACAUCUCAACGAAUUCAAAAUUCAUUAAAAAAACAACUAGAAAUUUUAAACCAAGAAAAUAAUAUAUCAAAACAAUUAGAAGAAGACAACUUAGCCAGCAUAAAAUCAUCACACGAAGAACAAUUUAAAGCUUUAGAAGAAGAAAUGGACUGCAAAAAAGAAAUUUUAGCAGACGAUAUCAGCAAGCUUUCCUCUGAAAUUGAAAUUAUUUUAAAAAAACAGCGAAGAGUAGAGCAGCAUAUAAAAGUUCGAAAAACUGACAAUAAACUAAUAAAAAGCAAUUUAAUUACAGAAAUAAGGGUCUUAGAGCAAGAUAUCAGAAAUCAUGAGCUUUUAUUAUGUAGAAACUUUGAAAAUGAGGUGCAAGAUUUAGAAGAACAAAUCAAGAGAGAAGAAGAAAAGCAUGCCCUAAAUUUUUCAAAAAUUAAAAAAGAGCAGGAAGAUUUGAUUUCUAGCUUAAACAGCCAGCUUGAGUCUAAGACUUUAAUGGUCCAGAGCUUGACAAGCGGAGUUGUUGAAAUAAGAAAUCAAGACUUCUUUUCAAAUAAAACUAAUGAGUUGGAGCUGCAGAAGUUAAAAGAGCUUCAUGUCUCAAAAGAAUCCUUAUUAAAAUCACAAGAAAUUGAAAUCACGAAAUUAUCAUCUGAACAAAAAUUAGCAGAGUCAAACAGCAAAUAUUUAGUCUUAGAGUGCUCAAAACUAGAAGAAGUCCUUGACAAAGUAAAGUCAGAAAACGCAAAACUCAGACUGCAAAUUAAAAAAUUUGGCGUCUCAGGAAAUUCAAAAAAUCGAUAA